CGGGCGCGGCGACUCGCAGGCGUCAGCAGGACGCGGAGGCGGAAGAUGGCGGCGGCGGCCGGGCGGCCGUGAGCGGGCGGCGGCGGCGGGGACGGCCCAUGGCUGCCGGGAGGCGCGCUCGGGGACCCGCGGACCGCUAAGGGCGCGACGCGGGACGGCAUGUCGGAGCACGCGGCGCCCGGGGCCCCGGCGCCCGGGCCUAACGGCGGCGGCGGCGGCGGCCCGGCCCCCGCGCGCGGGCCGCGCACCCCCAACCUGAACCCCAACCCACUCAUCAACGUGCGCGACCGGCUCUUCCACGCGCUCUUCUUCAAGAUGGCUGUCACCUAUUCGCGGCUCUUCCCGCCCGCCUUCCGCCGCCUCUUCGAGUUCUUCGUGUUGCUCAAGGCCCUGUUCGUGCUCUUCGUGCUGGCCUACAUCCACAUUGUCUUCUCGCGCUCGCCCAUCAACUGCCUGGAGCAUGUGCGCGACCGCUGGCCGCGGGAGGGCAUCCUGCGCGUGGAGGUGCAGCCCAACUCGAGCCGCGCGCCCGUCCUCCUGCAGUUCUGCGACGGCGGCGGCCUGGCUGCGGGCCUGGUGGAGGAGGAGGAGGAGGAGGAGGAGCUGACCAUGGAGAUGUUCGCCAACAGCUCCGUCAAGUUCGAGCUCGACAUCGAACCCAAGGUGUUGAAGCCGCCGGGCGGCGCCGCGGCCCUGAAUGACAGCCCGGAGUUCCCCUUCCCCGAGACGCCCUCGAAAGGGUGGCCGCAGGACGAGUACAUCGUGGAGUACUCGCUGGAGUACGGCUUCCUGCGGCUGUCACAGGCCACGCGGCAGCGGCUUAGCAUCCCCGUCAUGGUGGUCACCCUGGACCCCACGCGGGACCAAUGCUUCGGGGACCGCUUCAGCCGCCUGCUGCUGGCUGAGUUCCUGGGCUACGACGACAUCCUCAUGUCCAGCGUGAAGGGCCUGGCUGAGAACGAGGAGAACAAGGGCUUCCUGCGGAACGUGGUGUCGGGGGAGCAUUACCGCUUCGUGAGCAUGUGGAUGGCGCGCACCUCCUACCUGGCGGCCUUCGUCAUCAUGGUCAUCUUUACCCUGAGCGUGUCCAUGCUGCUCCGCUACUCCCACCACCAGAUCUUCGUCUUCAUUGUGGACCUGCUGCAGAUGCUGGAGAUGAACAUGGCCAUCGCCUUCCCCGCCGCGCCCCUGCUGACCGUCAUCCUGGCCCUCGUGGGGAUGGAGGCCAUCAUGUCCGAAUUCUUCAAUGACACCACCACGGCCUUCUACAUCAUCCUCAUCGUGUGGCUGGCUGACCAGUACGACGCCAUCUGCUGCCACACCAGCACCAGCAAGCGGCACUGGCUCCGGUUCUUCUACCUGUAUCACUUCGCCUUCUACGCCUACCACUACCGCUUCAACGGGCAGUACAGCAGCCUGGCCCUCGUCACCUCCUGGCUCUUCAUCCAGGUCAGGCCCGCCUCCCUGUGGGGGCUGCCCUCGGGCCGUUGCGGGUUCCAAGGGCCGGGUUCCGGCCCGGCCCCGCUGACCCGGCGCCCCCCGCAGCAUUCCAUGAUCUACUUCUUCCACCACUACGAGCUGCCCGCCAUCCUGCAGCAGGUGCGCAUCCAGGAGCUGCUCCUGCAGACGCCCCCGCUGGGCCCCGGCGCCCCCACCGCGCUGCCUGACGACCUCAACAACAACGGGGGCGCCCCGGCGGCCGCCCCCGACCCUGCAGGCCAGCCCGCCGCCCUGGGCCCUGGCUCGCCGGGUGGCGGUGCGAGCCCCGGGCCUGUGGCUGAGGCGCCCAGUUCCCUGGUGGCCGCGGCGGCCUCGGUGGCUGCGGCGGCCAGUGGCGACCUGGGCUGGAUGGCGGAGACGGCCGCCAUCAUCACGGACGCCUCCUUCCUGUCCGGCUUGAGCGCCUCCCUCUUGGAGCGGCGGACGGCCAGCUCGCUGAGCCCCGGCGGGGGGCUACCGCGGGCCCCCCAGAACGCUCCCCCUCCAAGUGACUCCCUAGCACCUGACACAGCCGCCCCGGCCACUGGAGUGGGUGGCUCCAGCCCCGAGGCUGUGGCCCCAGCAGAUGUGCCCUUGGACGUUGGCUCCUGAGCCCUGGGCGGCUGAACCUGUCCCUGGCCAUCCCGACUGGCCGGGCGUGACCUGGCUGGAGCCCUCCGGCUCGGGGGAGCUGUGCCCCGGGGCCCUGGGACCGCCCGGCCUGCCGCGGCUGGUGCUCGGGCCCACCAGGUUUGCCCAGAGGAGGGCUUCUCCCGAGUGUGGACUGUCCGAGGCUGCCCCUGCCGCUGCUGGUGGGCCCCAUGGGGAACAGACGCAGGCCGAUGAGCCGGGCAGGAGAGGGGGCAGGGCUCCAUGGAAGGUUCUGGAAGGGGGUGGUGGAAGGUCUGGAGUGAGCUGUGGGGCAGAGCAGGGGGAGCAGGGGUGGGGGCCCGCGCCGUCCCAGCCCGGCGGCUGGUGCUCCGUCGUGCGCAGUGCCUUUUCCCGGGCCCCUGCCCCGUGUGCGCGCCGGGCCGGAGGGGCGGCGGCCGCGCGCGUCUCUCGCGAGGGAGGCGGAAGGCGGUCAUUCCACUCUAUUUAAUUGCAGUGUACAAAAUUGUGUUUGUAUAUAGAAUAAACUGCUGACAGCGGCC